AUGGGGGUCAUACGGGAGAAGACGUGGGAGGCGCUCUUCUGGUCGAGCAAGGUGUUGGCGCUCGUGUGGCGCAACGUGUGGAUACGGCGCAUGCGCCGGCAGCUGACGGCCACGGUGCUCGAGCUGGCGCUGGCCGCGUUCGCCCUGGCCCACCUCCCGCCCGGCAGCAAGGCCGGUGGCGCCAGCGCGAACGCGUACCACGAGCGCGAACAGCGGCCGCCCGAGCUGCUCGACGCGUACCACUUGCCCGACAAGCUGGUGCUCGACGCGCCCACCGAUGUGCUCGACAUGUUCGUCAAGGGCGUCAAGCUCAGUGGACGUUUCUCGAGCAAGCGGCACCGGCAAAUUCGCUUGUUCAUAAACGGCCGUGAAGUGGACGAGCCCACGCAAGACUACGGGAAGAUACCCAAAAACAGUAUGCGGAGGAUUCUGGUAACACGGGUCACCAACGAGCGGGCGCUGCUGGACGCGUGCGCGGACAAGAAUUUCAGGGGCGUCUGCGCUCUCGUGCGCACCCACAGCACGGGCUCCGACAAGAGCAUCAACUACACCUGCUACGUGAACGGACACCUCUCGCCGCCCGUGUUACGCACUCGGAGGGCCGGCUACGCGUUGCGCACUGCACCCAUCGAAGGUGAUCGAGUGCGCCCACCGGCGCAAAGACGCCGUCGCACAAAUUCGCCCGUGUGUAUACAUAGGGAAUCGUGUCAGCUUCGGUGUUUCCCUAGCUACGGCUAAUGGCGACCGCCGAUGGUGA